AUGCCAGGAGGUAAACAUUCACAUAAUCAGCACUCUGAUUCACAACCCUCAGGUUCCGGUCUAGUUAAAGCAGUGUACGACACGGGUCGAGAACGAGGCGCUUCUGCUACACCAGCUCCCCCAACAUUCUCUCCACAGGGAAACAGACGUCCGGCACAACAAACGGAUAACAUGAAUCCUAGCCACAGUCACAGUGGUAGUAUCCAUACACCGAGCCGUACGCCAAAUAGAAAUUUUCCCUCAAUGCCGUCUUCCCAGCAGACCUCACCACAUCAUCGAAACUCGUCCAAUAGCACACACCAGUCUCGCCCGAGCCAGACUAGCUCAAGCCAGUUUGGUGGUAGUCAGCAGCAAGGGGCAAAUGUGUCCCCGAGCAGUCAGAUUGUUAACGUCGCCGAUCUUUCUCGGCAUCUUCAGGCCAGCCUAGACGCUUUUCAGCACAAGAUCAGAACAACCCCAGGUCUUGCAGCAAGUGUACAAGACGUUCUUAUAGCGGAGUGUCGGAAGAUAAGCCAGGAGUUCAACCAGAAGCAGCGGGCAGUGCAGCGUCAAUUUGACGCUAUUACCAAUGAGAAACAUGAACUGUCUUCUCAGCUCGAACAAGCUUAUCGACAGCUGAAUAGCAAAUCGAGCCAGCUCAACAAUGCAAACACCGAGCUCAACAGAGCCAAGCAAGAAAGAGACUCUUUGAAAGAACGUGUAGCGGAGCUUUUGAGGCGAGAGGAACAGCAGCAGAAGCAGUGGGCUGCGCUAGACUUGGAACGGAAAACCAUGAUCAGCGAGCAACAGAGUCUUAUUGCUCAAUUGCAGCAAAAGGUUUCCUUCCAAGCGGAACAAUUGGGUGGCAGAAGGGGCGUUUGGAUGGAUCAACACCCUGAAUCAAGUCCACGCCGGGAUGCUAUCAUGCGAUUACAAGAUCCAUUUAAUUCUUCGCCAGUAUCGUCUCAGAAUACCAAACACGCCCCAAUAGGUCAUGCCGACAAUGGUGAAUCGUCUCGACCCAAUAACUUCUCCGAUAUGGGUUCCAAUAAAAUGGUGCCCACGGGUCCUGCCAACAUGGGGAGCUCUAAAUUCUCUCGCCGUGGGGCUUUGCCUCUUCCAUCAGCACGCCCUCAGCAGGCACCCCAGGUGCCGAUGCUUCAGAACAACUUCUUGUCAACGAGGGUCUCCCCGAGUGAACGAGGUUCAGGAUCUCGACCUCCAUCUGCAACAGGCAAUAAGUUUUCAGCGGGCAGCCAAGCUGUCACGAUGCCCUUCCAGACCCUGUCUUUCGGGCAUGCUCCUAACUCGUCCUAUUCUGCUGUGCGAAAUCAACCAUCGUCGGCGUUAGUACUUCGUUCUUCCAACAGCGAUUUCAACCAAGAGUACGCAGAUCAAUUCAGCACGAUCUACGCUCUCACUGAGGGAUGGACGAAGAGCUACGCAAAUCAACCCAAUCUCGUCAACGACCAGAAUAUUUCUCAAAAAAACAAUGUUCUCUGGGAAUUCAUGAUGAACUGCACCUACCCAGGUCGAGCACAAGAUUCUCACAGUCACGUCAUGCUUCUGCUAAAUGAUUAUAAUACGAGGCGCUGGUUUGUAAUGCGAAUGUGUGUUACAUAUUGCGUGCAGGAGAUUCUAGAUGUCGAAGCUUUCGGAGGCUAUAGUAAGCAGACGGAUCAAACUCUUUCAGAAAUCAAAGAGGCUGAGAAAACUCGAGGCUUUACUCUUGAGCGCCGUCAGUAUCUCGUGGACCAGAAAUGUCGAGCGAUAAAAUCCAUUAUCAGCGCGAACAAUUACCAGGCUUAUCGUGCAGACAGAUUGGCAUACCACACAAAGAAGCUGCGAAAUAUACUUGGACCAAUGCUGAACGACAACGUCGAUCGCACCACUGCUGGGAAAGAUCUCGGCGUCAUUGCGGUCAAGGCUUGGGAUCUUUCCGCAAAGAUGAACAGCUCUGGACUUACGUUUCAGAUUAUAUUUCCGGAAACGGCCUCCAAAUAUAAUGCCUCAUCAAUGAUCGCGAAAGACCAAGCACCGGGGCGCGGAAUGGAUUUGCAAAUCAAGCAAACCCGCUUGAAGCUAGUGAUCACACCUGUUAUCACGAUACGCGACGAUCGAGGAACCACUCUCAUCGCCAAAAACAUCCAUCAGUCAACAGUGCUCACUAUGGGCUGA